CGUUCUCUUUUUACUCUAAUCUCUAUCUGAAGGUUUUAUCCCGUUUUAAAAAUAAUAUUUCCCGUGCGGUACGGCUGCUGGGUGUCCAAAGUUCGGACCGAGCCGUGCAUCAUAAGCACAGAACUGUGCACCAUGGGAACGCUUCAGCCUGACAAAGGAACGAGCAGAGCCGAGGGCUCCCUGCCUCCUCUUCCCUUGCGCUUCGAGGCUCUGCCUUCCUCCGGAGAUGCCCUGAAGUUACCUCUGCCCUCCCUUAUCUGCUUUUCUCUGCCCACAUUCCUGUGAAACAACCCCGUGGCUCUGGGUAUGAAUCCCUAAAUGCUGCUUUCUGCAUCCUCGUUUGUACUUGAGGGACGUUUGACGAUGCGUAGCGUGUCCUGAAAUGCGAAUGGUGUUAAAGCCUGGUCAGUCAUUAACUCGGUUUAAUAAAUGUUGGUGUUCUGAGUAAACGGGUGUCGGAUGUGCCGGUGCCAGGUUGGGAGCGUGGGGUGGCUGUGGGUUCACCCUGUGCCACACACCCACCUGCAACACCUGCACAAUGGGGGGCAGCACUGCCAGCAGCCGAGUGGAGAUAAGAGAAUUGUGAGUCCUGCCCAGAAACUGAGUGCUCUCUGACCCCAGAGUUCACUCCUCCCAAAGAGGAUUAAGGCCUCUGCAGCUCUGUUGCUUCCCGCGGUUCGAGGAGUGGCUCUGCACAGAGGAACGUGAUUCUUUUCCACUUGAAAGAUAAGAAUUGAAACAGCAGCACAGGAUUGACUCUGUGCCAUCAGAGGUGGGGAGCAGGGCAGCAACUGCAUAACCAGGUGUCCUUCAUGUGGGCAGAGGCUGGGACUGCAUCGUCUCAGGGCAGAGCUCAUAGCCAAGGGUGCAGCUCCCUUUCCCAGUGAGCACUGCCUGACAGUUUAACUUUUCUUAGACACGAUCCUGUUUUACCAAAUGAGCCCCAAACGAAGCAUUAAUGGAUGAAAACCAUCAGUUUGUUGCUUUUUCCCAGAUUUCCCCAUGCCGCUAUUAGGAGUUUUAUUUUUGGAGAAUAAAACUGCUUCCCAGAUGUCAGAACUCCCCUCUUUUGUGUAUGGAAAGCUGUGCCCUGGCUGACAGGCUUUGUUGGUUAUCCGUCUAUAGAACGACAACCGUAUUCGGGCUGGUUUGGGUUAAGCAAACUACAGUUAUGUUUGUUUGGGCCAGGUGUGGAUACCAACACAACGUUUCUAACCCAGCUGUGAUAUUUGAUACAGCUAUCAGCUGUUGCCUACUUGUUUCAGUCCUUUUUUUGCCAUAUUUGCAUUCUUUUCCCUCGCUGUGGCUGCUGGCUUUGCUUCUGCCCUUCUUAGCAGUCGGUGUUAUCCUGUCCCCAUGCAGAGCUGUACUUUGUUAUUUAUUUCCACUAACACCAUUUCCUCAGUCGUCAUUCUUGGGAUUCAGGCUGCAUACCUGUCUGCUCUCUGUCUCAUUACAGUUCUCGUUACAAACUGUCUGAAGAAGCUUUUUUGGGUAUUCUUACUGUACCUCAUUCCUUAAUAUGUAGCCUUAAUGAAGUCAACCAUUAACCUGCGUACACUGGUUGCUAAACCAGUGUGUAUUAAAAUGUCACUGAGAUUUUCGUUGCUUCCUGAGCAGAGCCUUUCUGUGAACUGUGGUUUUUUUUGGCUGCCAUCAGUACGGUACACAAAAUUUGCUUUCUAAUGGAAAUUUAUAACAACUGCUUCUAUUGAGCAGAUCCUAUACAAAUGAAUCAUUGGCCUUUUGCUUUCCACUCCCAGGCUGUCAUACGUAGGAGCUGGGCUGAUGGUUGGGCUAGAUGAUCUUAUUGCUCGUUCCAACCUUAAUAAUUCUGUGAUAUAUAAUUUGUAACAUCUAAAUUUUAGAUGCGAGGACUUUGAAGUUCUAUGCUGUUUUAUGUUAUCCUGCUGUUCUGCUGCAGUCUGUGUGAUCCAGACUAUAAGUCAUGCCGUAAGUCAUCACUUGGCUUCUAACAGUUGGAAGGUUUAAGAGAUGCCCAAGCCAGAACUCUUGCAUAUGAAAACACACUCUUCCCGUUGCUCAGAUUGUUGGCAGACGGGGCUGUGUUCUGCACUUUGGCAGCAAAAUGGCUGUUUUCAGGCAGAAGUUGGGUUUACUUUUUACUUUACAGCUGUUUGGAUGAGUAAAAGUUUGUAGAUAACCGUUCCUUUUUGUUUUUUAACCCUUCUGCCUUUAUUCUGUUUUCUGCCUUUGACAGAAGUUACGCACAGAAACUUGGGCUUAUGAAAUUCAGUAUUUAUUUGAGCCUUCAGAUUGACUCUAAUGAUCAGAUCACUUCCCUCCUCUGCCUUUGUUUUACGGGUGGAGCUGAGAUGUCUGCUGGUUCUGUAGCUCUUGAGGAUGUUGAAAUGUUUAAUUAGGCUUCAAAACGCAUUUCAAGAGGUGGAAAAAUACACUUGGUGUGAGUAUGAAUGGUUUGGCUCUGUUGAGUCCCAGGGCUCUCACACUUCUCUUAAUAAUCUGCUUGUGGAAUGACCCCGUUACCACAGCAAUAUCAGGAAAUAAUCUCCUUUUCAGCAAUAAGGCUCUCGUGGUCACUCAGCAUCGUGCAGCAUCUUUGGUCUGUGCUUCCUCAGCUGGCCAUUUCCAUGGCAGUGCUGUGUGCUUCCUCCUUCCUGGGAAAAUGUUCCUUUAUCAGGAAAGAUCUGUAUGGGAUGGAAUAGGUCUGAGAACAAGCAGAGGUUGCCGUGAGCCUGCAGGGCUCGGGGUGGUUGUGCUUACAGUGGUGGAAGGAUACCAGGGGAUGUGAUCUCUUCUCCUGUCCUUGGUAAGCCUGCCUUGCUGUUAGUAUUUCCCUGGCUGAAGAGUCAUGCAGUUGUUUGAGUUGGAAGGGGCCCUUGAUGGUCAUCUAGUCCAACUCCCAGAGAAGACCAAUGGCAUUUCCUCUGAGGCUGAAGGAGGGAAGGAGAAUCAGCCAUUGGGGAAAGCACUGUGUUCGGGUGGAUUCCUCAGUCCCAAGGCACAGAUGUCGGCAGGCUGAGCAGUUUCACCCCACGGUGUCUCCAUAUGGUUCCUAAAAGAUGAACUGAAGAACCUCCUUUAUUUUAUUCUUCCAUAGUCAUCAGUAUGGAAAAUGGUGAAGGGUUGGAUUUUGGACUUGAUGAUCUUCCAGCCUCAGUGGUUCUAUGAAAAGUGAACAAUCAGAAUAAUGUUCAACAUAAACCUGUUGGAGAACCUGAAGGUUUACAUCAGCAGCCGGCCUCCGCUCGUGGUCUUUAUGAUCAGCGUAAGCGCUAUGGCAAUAGCUUUUCUGACACUGGGUUAUUUCUUUAAGAUCAAGGAGAUCAAGUCACCAGAAAUGACAGAGGACUGGAAUACUUUCCUCCUGAGAUUCAAUGAUUUGGACUUCUGUAUAUCUGAGAAUGAAACCCUGAAGCAUCUCAUCAAUGACACCACAACUCCAGAAAGUACAGUCACCAGCGGGCAGGCGAGGUCUUCCACGCAGUCCCCACAGACUCUUGAGGACUCUGGUCCCAUCAACAUCUCUGUUACAAUCACUUUGACACUGGACCCACUCAGACCAUUUGGCGGAUAUUCCCGCAACAUCACACAUCUAAGUUCCACCAUUUUUGGACACCAGAUUGGACUCUCAGGCAGAGAAUCCCACGAGGAGAUAAACAUUACGUUCACGCUGCCGGCUGCCUGGAAUUCAGACGACUGUGUUCUUCAUGGUCACUGCGAGCAGGUUGUGUUCACAACCUGCAUGACUGUGACAGCAGCCAGCAAUGUAUUCCCUGUCACAGUUCAGCCACCACAUUGUGUUCCUGAAACAUACAGCAAUGCUACGCUUUGGUACAAGAUCUUUACCACAGCAAGGGACUCUAAUACCAAGUAUGCACAGGAUUAUAACCCCUUCUGGUGUUACAAAGGAGCAAUUGGAAAAGUGUAUCAUGCUUUAAAUCCCAAACUAACUGUUAUAGUUCCAGAUGAUGAUCGCUCUCUAAUAAACCUACAUCUCAUGCAUACCAGUUACUUUCUUUUUGUGAUGGUGAUUACAAUGUUCUGCUAUGCAGUUAUUAAAGGCAGACCAAGCAAACUGAGACAAAGCAAUACAGAAUUCUGCUCUGAAAAGGUUGCUUUGUCAGAAGCGUAAUCCAUCCUCUCAUCUUACUGAGAAUGACUGAGAACCGUAAUCAUUGCCUGCUGAACCCAGAAUGGGUCUUGACACUCUGUGAAUACAUUAUCUUGCAAUGUUGGUUUAUUCCAACCAAAGACAUUUCAAGUGCCUGUAAUUGAUUUGUACAUAUUUAUAAAGGUGUAUUCAGAAUAGAUGAUGCACUUGUUCCGCAUUGUAGUGCGGCCAGAAGCGUUCAGUCUUUACCUGUGGACAUAGCUGAAUGUUGGUGUAGAUAUGUUUAGUGAUAUGGCUACAUAUAGUCAGAGCAAGAUAUUUUUGUCUAGCUGCAUCUGGGCAGGUUAAGAUGCCUUUGCAAAUGUCUCAAACCAACAAAUCUUUGUUAUUUGCCCAAUGAUAUGUACAGUGUGUUUGAAACGGUAUGCACCUUUGAUAUAAUACUGCAUUUCCAGAGCCACCAAUCUACUACAUGAGUUAAAUGUGUGUUUGUGUGGCCUGAUACCUUCUUCCAUUUGCUCCUUGCUUGCGAGAAAAGAUAUCAACAGUUUUAGGUUUAUUUUUUGGGGAAAAAAGAAAUACAUAUACACAUUUUAAUAGUGCUGUAUUUAGGACAAACUUGUGCUUUUAUUCAUAGUAAAAAAAACUUAAGAAGUGAAGUCCCAUUUUAAAAUCUUUCUUAUUGAAAACUAAGUUUGAUUCUUACUGUUAUUAUUUUUUUUUUUUCCAUUUGGCCCACUGAAUGCCAGAGGGUCAGUCAGCACUGAGACUGCCUGGGAAGCUUUCUGCUUGGCCUCCCAUCCACAGCCCUCAAACCCAGAAUGUGCAUCUAUGCUGCAGAGCAGCUCUCUGUCAGCCUUCUUUCUAGAAAGUGACACUGGGUAAAAAGAUGCAUUGUGCUGUCUGUCGGGGCUCUGCACAGCCUCAGGCAAGUGCAAAUAAUGAAAGGAAAAGAAAUCCCGUCCUCUGUUACAAAGCCUCACUCUGGGGCUCUCCAUCCAUCUCUGAAGGGCAGCGGAAAAUGUCACUUUUAUUAGCUUAGGCCAAUCUCCAUUUAAUGCUGUCCACUCAGGGGAAGAUGACAAGGAGGGAACUAGGGCUGUCGUGAUCAAGGUCAAAGAAACCACACAGUAAAACUCAUACUGUUCUCUGUGUCCAUUCUUCGAUCAGAGGAGCUUUAUUAUGUGUCUUUUUCUCUUUUCCGUUCUGGCUUUUGCUGUUUAUUUCCCUCAUGUUAUUCAGUAACCUCAUUAAUUUUCAGGAGUUGUGGUUUUCCUGCAGACAUUUCCACCACUGCUUUUAAAAUCUCACUGGUUGCCUUAAUUGACCUUUCAUCUUCUCUUUGUAGUGUAGGUCUGCGAAAAUACACUUAUGGGCUUUUUUCUCUCUCUCUUCCUUUGGUAAAUUUCACUCUAAACUACACAAAACAAGACGACUCAAGUCAAAAUCUUACAGUCUCCAUUGUGCUGGCAUAAGAUUCUAAGUUUAUUACCAAUAGAUGUGGAUGGUACCCUGCUGGUCUGUGGGCCUGUAUGUAUAGGACUUCAGCAUUCAGUAAGUUUGCUUCAGAUGCUCUGAAGAGCAGUCAAGGGUCACACUUUUUGAUCAGAACGUUUCCAUUCCAGAAUUCAGUUACUUAAGCAGUGGUAACUAAUAUAUUUUUUUCUCCAGUGAUGUUAAAGCAAAGCUCAAGAGAUGGCCCAGUUUGAAGUCUAGGGAUAAAACGAAGCUUCCAGUUUUCUCCUGAUGCUGCUAUGGGCUAAUAUUGCUUCACUGACAUGGGUCAGCAAGGUAAAAACAGCUUCUCGUGGAAAUUGAGCUGUUCCUGAUCCAUGCAAACCACCUUCUGCUUUAGUGCUGACUGUGAGAGUUGCCUGAGAGGGUUGAUGUGGGGACCAAAGGCAGGAAGACGAAAGUGAUUGGGGUGGUGCUGCAGGUUCUAGAAAUACCUAGAGAACACUGAUGGUGACUCCUUUAAAAAAGCAAACCCACCUCCUUCCAGCAAACUAAAAAUCCACCUCCAGAUGUCCCAUUUACAAAUUGGUCUGUUGGGAAGAAACAUAUGUAUAUAUAUAUAUCUUUUUUUUUAAUCUGGUUUUGCUAUUUGGUGAGGAGAAGAGCCUGCUUUGUGGUUUGUCACCCACUGUAUGGAAAAAAAGAGAAAUACUGGAGAUUGUGACCAAUGGAAGCAAAAGGGAAAAUGUUAAAGAGCUGUGUUUUUGGCCUUAGUUUUCCCUUUGCCCCAUUAUUGCAGCAGGGAGGAAGGAGUCCAUCAGGUUGGGUUGCUGCAAUCCUGAGGAAUAUCAGAUUGUUCCUAGGCACGAUGUAAAACAAGAUAAAUGCAGCCAAACAGAAAAAUAAAAACUUAAUAUUAGAGUUCAGAUCAUAUUGAUCUUUCCUUUUUUUUUUUUUUUUCGUUGUUUUCUUUUUCUUUUGAACUAUGACUUGAAUCAGUUUUGAUUCUAUUUGUAUGUGUUUUCUUGUUCUUAGAAAGCUGCCAUUUUCUUUUGCAUUUUUCUUUGGCAUUACAUAGAAAAUCUGAGCCUUGGUUUUCAACCCUCUGCAGGUGGUUGUAGGGUUAAGAUGGCUUUUUUGUUUUGUUCUUACAUUUCACUUGUCUUGUUGCAUGACAGUUCAUAGCUGAUUUGGAAAUGACAUUUCUCUCCUAGAUUAAUUUUGUGUUUGUAUGAUGUGCAUAUUGCUUUGCAGAAUAAAACCAAUGAAGUUUA